AUGAGUAAAGCAAUUGAGAAGGUGUUUCCACAGACAAGGCACAGAUUGUGCAUUUGGCAUCUACAUCAAAAUGCACAAUCUCAUUUGGGAAAACUAAAAAGUGAUAAGACUUUUUAUGAUGCAUUUCAAAGAUGUAUAACUGGCUGCAUUGAUUCAUAUGAUUUUGAGGAAUGUUGGAAAGCAAUGGUUGAAAAUCAUAACUUGCAAAACAACUCGUGGAUUCAGAGAUUAUAUGAGUUAAGAGAAAAGUGGUCUAAUGCUUUCAACAAAGAAUACUUCUCUACAGGAAUUCUUUCAUCUCAACGAAGUGAAAGCAUUAACCAUGCUUUAGGAUUCAAAGCAAAAAAGACUACAAAUUUGACUGAAUUUUAUGGACUCUUCAAGCAGACCAUAGAACGUUGGAGAUCCAAUGAACUGAGUGAUGAAUUUCAGUGUAUAAGAGGUCAACCAACGACGGCAUUACCUAUGACUAGAAUUAUAGAGCAAGCUUCCAAGGUAUACACUCUUACAGUUUUUAAGGAUUUUGAAAAGCAAUUUAUGAGAUGUCUUGCUGGUAGUUUUUCUCUUCUAAGUGAAGAAUAUGAUUUUAAGCUUUAUCAAGUGAAAGAUGGACAGCAUACAUACCAAGUCAGUUUUUAUAAUGUGAUGAGUACUUUAGUGAGUUGCACUUGCAACUUGUUUGAAGAAUGCGGGAUGUUAUGCAGUCAUUGUUUGAGGAUACUACUCACUCACUUAAUAGACAAAAUUCCAGACUGCUACAUAAACAAGAGGUGGACAAAACUUGCAAAGCAAGCACUAUGGGAUAAAAAUGUUGAGCAACAAAGUAAAAGUACUCAACCUUGGAGGCAUCAAUUUGUGAAAAACUGCUUGAAUCUAGCUCUACAAGUCCAAGACAAUGAGAAUGCAAGAAGACUUGUUGAAGAUGGGUUAGAAUCUAUAAGAUUAGCAGCACUUCAAGAGAUGAAGAAUACAAUAUCAGAAACAAAUGAAGCUCAAGAUUUAGAGACAUGCUCUGAAUCUAGUAUAAGUGUUAAAGAUCCUAAAAAAUCAGUGACAAAGGGGCGGAAGCAAAGGAUCAAAGGACACUUGGAGAAAAAUACAAAGAAGAAAAGAAAGAGUGUUGAUGAAUCAAACUUACAAAAACCAAAUGAGUUUGGCUCAAAAACACCAAAUCAGCAUUUAUUUUAG